UCACUGUUGAGUUGUAAGAAUUCUUUUUUUUUUUUGAGACAGAGUCUGGCUCUAUUGCCCAGGUUGGAGUGCAGUGGCACAAUCUCGGCUUACUCCAACCUCCACUUCCCGGGUUCAAGCGAUUCUCCUGCCUCAGUCACCCAAGUAGUUGGGAUUACAGGCAUGCACCACCACGCCUGGCUAUUUUUGUACUUUUAAUAGAGAUAAGGUUUCACCAUGUUGGCCAGGCUGGUCUUGAACUCCUGACCUCAGGUGAUCCACCUGACUCAGCCUCCCAAAGGGCUGGGAUUACAGACGUGAGCUGCUGUGCCCGGCCAAGAUUUCUUUAUGUAUUCUGGAUUCUAGACUCUUACCCAAUAUAUGAUUUACAAAUAUUUUUUCCCAUUGUGUUAAUCUUUUCAGUUUCCUGAGUAGUGUCCUUUGAUUCAAAAAAGUUUUUAAUUUUGACGAAGUCCAACUUAUCUAUUUUGUUGUUGUUGCUUGUCCUUUUGGUGUUACAUCUAAGAAUCCAUUGCUAAAUCCAAGGCCGUGAAGAUUUACUUCUGUUUUCUUCUAAGAGUUUUAUCUUUACAGCUCUCACAUAAAACAAAUAAUACUUCAGUGCAAUAUUUCAAAAAUCAAAACUAAUGCAAAAAGUCCAUGAUGAACAAAAUAGCAUUUUAAAUAAAGGCCAGAUCUGCCGGUGCGCUUGUUCUACGCCCUUGAUUCGUGCACCCUGGGGCGGGGGCAAAUUAAACUAGGGGAGCCCAUUGGACUGGGGCUGGUGUGUGGCUGAUGGCAGAGUUCAGGCCGGGCCAGACCGGGCCAGUCCAGAGGGAGAAGCCGCUACUGCAGGAGACAGAGCGAUUUUUCCGCUGCAAAUCCUUGAGAAGGGAGGAUGGAGGCGGCGGGACGACCCAGUGAAGCCGGCCCCGAACGCCAAGUGAGUGUGUGCCGUGCGCGCGCGGGUAGCUGCCGACCGCAACGACAUAAACUUGAAAGUGACCGCUGUCCCGGAGCUCCCUGCUCCCAAGGGACCCGUCGCGUUGCAGAGUAGUCCGGUCGGGCCUCUGGGGCGGGCCCGGAUCCUGGACCAGGGCCAGUCUGUCCGAAACCCACCAGUGAGCUAGCGGGAGAGCGCGGCCGCCGCGCCCCGCCCCUUUCCGCGCCCGCCCCGCCCACUCCCCGGAAGGCCCGGGUGCCCAGAGCUCGCGGUGGACUCCGACCCGGCGCAACAUGGCCGCACCCUCGCCUCUGCGCGACUGCCAGGCCUGGAAGGAUGCGAGGCUCCCGCUCUCCACCACAAGCAACGAAGCCUGCAAGCUGUUCGAUGCCACGCUGACCCAGUAUGUAAAAUGGACCAAUGACAAGAGUCUCGGUGGCAUCGAGGGCUGCCUGUCAAAGCUCAAAGCAGCAGAUCCAACCUUUGUGAUGGGCCACGCCAUUGCUACUGGCCUUGUGCUGAUUGGCACUGGAAGCUCCGUGAAGCUGGACAAAGAGCUGGACCUGGCUGUGAAGACAAUGGUGGAGAUUUCAAGAACCCAGCCGCUGACAAGGCGGGAGCAGCUGCACGUGUCUGCAGUAGAGACAUUUGCCAAUGGGAACUUUCCGAAAGCCUGUGAACUAUGGGAACAGAUUCUCCAGGACCACCCGACAGACAUGUUGGCCCUGAAAUUUUCCCAUGAUGCUUAUUUUUACCUGGGCUAUCAGGAACAGAUGAGAGAUUCUGUUGCUCGAAUUUACCCCUUCUGGACACCUGAUAUCCCCCUAAGCAGCUAUGUGAAAGGCAUCUACUCUUUUGGCUUGAUGGAAACCAACUUCUACGACCGGGCAGAAAAACUCGCCAAAGAGGCUUUGUCUAUUAACCCGACAGACGCAUGGUCGGUGCACACCGUCGCUCACAUCCACGAGAUGAAAGCAGAGAUCAAGGAUGGGUUGGAAUUCAUGCAGCACUCAGAGACCCUCUGGAAGGACUCUGAUAUGUUGGCUUGUCAUAACUAUUGGCACUGGGCUUUAUAUCUGAUUGAGAAGGGCGAAUAUGAGGCCGCGCUGACCAUCUACGAUACCCACAUCCUUCCCAGCCUGCAGGCCAACGGUGCAAUGCUGGACAUGGUGGACAGCAGCUCCAUGCUCUACCGCCUGCAGAUGGAAGGAGUGUCUGUGGGCCAGCGGUGGCAGGAUGUCUUGCCUGUGGCCCGGAAGCACAGCCGAGACCACAUCCUGCUGUUCAAUGACGCACACUUCCUGAUGGCAUCCCUGGGUGCACACGACCCCCAGACCACACAGGAGCUGCUGACCACCCUGCGGGACGCCAGCGAAUCCCCAGGGGAGAACUGCCAGCACCUCCUGGCCCAAGACGUGGGGCUGCCCCUGUGCCAGGCCCUGGUGGAGGCUGAGGACGGGAACCCUGACCGCGUCCUGGAGCUGCUCCUGCCCAUCCGCUACCGGAUCGUCCAGCUCGGUGGGAGCAAUGCCCAGAGAGACGUCUUCAACCAGCUGCUGAUUCACGCGGCCUUAAACUGCACCUCCAGCGUCCAUAAGAACGUAGCCCGGAGCCUUCUGAUGGAGCGUGAUGCCUUGAAGCCCAACUCGCCCCUGACCGAGCGGCUCAUCCGCAAGGCAGCUACCGUCCACCUCAUGCAGUGAGCCAGCCUGGCCGCCUCCACCCUGUAGAACCUCAGUGGUGGCGUCACUGCGUCCAGUCAGCUGCUCCACCGGGUUAGGGUCAGGAGACGGCCAGAGCCUGUUUGUUAGGGCUGUUAGAGGGUGAUCUUCAGUUUUACAGGAAGUGGGUCACGGGUUAAUUUUAAAUGUGAUUCCGAAUCUCCUUUCAGUCCUCGAGAAGGGCCAAUGAGCAUUUUUCAGCAGUCACAGCCAGUGUGAGUGCUGCUCUUUCCACCUGCCUUGCAAAUUCUGUUUCCCAGGGGAAUGUGUCUACUGCCUGGUGGUUCAAAGGUUGGAAGGCAGGGCAGAGGUAGGGGCUGAUUCUGCUGGGACAGGUCUUCCAGAGGCAGCCUCCCCCCACUGCCUGUCCCCGUCCCCACCAGGCUGCCCUUGGGAUGGACCUUUUCAUUCUUUUCUUUAUAUUCUAGACAGUCUCUGUUGUCUCAUUGUGUUGCUGUCCCAUUUUUCAGGUGAGGGUACCGGGGUAGGGGAGUGGCCUGCCCAGGGUCACACUAUGAGAGGCCCCCACCUGCUGCCUUUGGACGCAGCCCCCUGCUGCUGCAUCCACCACCCUUCUUACAGAUCAGCGCGCACAUGGGGUCCUCCUGCUGUCUCUGGGGCGAGUCUUGGAGCCCCCUGGGGGGCUCUGUUGGUGCUGAUUUGGACCCGUUUCUCUUUUUAAACUGCACAUCAUAACAGGGCUUCAUGUCGAGCAUGAUUUUAAUCAUAAAUGCACUUCUGAGGUGCAAGGAUUGAGCUCAGAGCUGCUCUGUUGUGGCAAAACCCAAAGUGCUGUGAUGUGUGGCUGUGACAAGCCUGGAGCGGGUCCUGUGAGCACCGCCUCUGUCUCCUGCUUCCCCACUGAACGCCUGCUGAAUGUGCCGCUGACUCAGCUGUGCUGCUUUCAGCCCUCCUGUGAGGGGCGGUCCCAGUGCACAGAUGUUUUUCAAGUUCCUCAGUUUGUACUGAAAUUAGGGAUUCAUCAGGGCAGGAAGCAGGCAGGCCUCUCAGAAGGGAGAGGAGGCCUCCAAAUCUAUUGAGUCCCCACAGUUUGCUCAAGCCCAGGCAAAUUUCUGUGAUUAAAAUGAAUUCAUCAGUUCCUCCAA